ACACUCAGAUGCACAAGGCAGAGCAAGUUCGUUCACCUGCCCCAGUACCUGUUCCGGCUCCAGCCCCGCCACCUGCUCCGGCCCCUCCACCUGCUCCGGCCCCUCCACCUGCUCCGGCUCCUCCACCUGCUCCGGCCCCGCCACCUGCUCCGGCCCCUCCACCUGCUCCGGCCCCGCCACCUGCUCCAGCCCCGCCACCUGCUCCGGUGCCUGUACCUGUGCCUGGCCGCGACUAUGACGUCAUGAAUUGGAGCUGCUCCCACCCUCAGAAGACCUGGAUGAGGACGGAACUCCAGAGCCUCGGGCUGUGGCCUGGGUCACGACCCGUGAGGAACCCGGGAAACAUCAUCUCCCUGUGGCGUCAUCCCCCGCAGCCAGAGCUUCUGGACACCGUGGCAGACCUUCCCUCACCUAACUUCUUUCAGCUCCACCCUUUCUUUAUAUGGAAGCCCGAAAGUGACAUCAUGGCCCGCCUGAGGAACAACUACAUCCUGCCCUGUCUCCAUGACUGCCAGCAUCCUCACAUUGUCUCAUCUGGUGUUGGGAGGCCUCGCGUCAUUGUGGGAACCAGCGGCCAGUACUACAUUAUGUCGUCACGACUCUCCUGCAAGGCCUGUCGGAAGGUCUGGUUUGCUGACAACCCCCGGUGGAUCGAGAAGCUGCCGAAGCGGUUCACCCACCUCUUGCCCGCUUUCAUCACCUACAAGAAAGCCAUCUGCAAGUCUGUGAUGGAUGAGCUCAGGCGCGGCAGCAGGUCCCCCACCGACAUGGCCAACCAGGUCAACGAGCUAAUGCACCUGAAGUACGAGCGGGCUCACCUGGCAUAUCUUCUGGCCAUCAACAACGUCCGGGAUGGCGAGACUGGGCUCUACGGGCAGAGGACCAUCGGCCAAUACCUCACGAGAGAGAGGGCGGCCCCGCGUGACUUCGGCCGGUACGAGGACGCAGAUGGGUGGUGUGGCGUCUCCGUGUCGGCGUUCUACCUCACCGACUGCCUGCUGGACGAGUACCGGCGUCAAGCGCCCAGCAUCUCCUCCCUGCUCCAGGGAACGUUUGGCCGCGUGUUCCGCUCCGACCACACUCGGAAGGUGGCCCGGAAGGUGACGCUCUCGUCUGGUGUGAUGUCCAGCUACGCCGUCAUGAACGAGAACUGGGUCAUCGUUUCCUGGGUCAUGGUCCACUCAGAGACGGAGAAGUCCCUGGAGCCAAUGUACCGUGGGCUGGCCAAGCGGUACGACGACGCUGAGGUGGAGAAGGCCGGCUACCACUGGAUGGACAGGGAUUGCUGUGCUGCGUUCAGGAUCCCGGAAAGCUUCCCUGGUAAGCACCUGGACUGGAGGGCAUGGGAAACCAACCCAGCCGUGGUCGCGGGGGCUGUGUCCGGUCAUCUGGGGAAUGCGUCUGCCUCCCGGACCUGCUACAACCCGGACAUCAGCGUGAGGCUGGAUUUGUUCCAUUGCAUGCGGCGGCUGUGUCGGGAGUGCACCUCAGAGCACCACUCUCUCUACGGCUCCUUCUGCCAGAUGCUCUCCGCGGCGUUCCUGAUCGUGGACCAGGACGACCUCAAGCGCCUUCAGGAGGCCUAUGUGUUCUGCGGGAUACAGCCACCCAAUCCCACAAAGCAGCACAUCAGGGAGCACUGCAGAACCAAAGUCCCCGGCCCCAUGGAGCUGCUCGGCAGAGUGGAGAGGGUGAUGAGGCACUACCAUCUGGCCAAAGACCCCAACGACGUCCCGCUCUUCAAGCCCUCCAUGCUGAAGUGCUGGAAGAUCCAGAGGGUCCACGUCUUGCGCGGCUGCCUCAGCGAUCCCGAGCUGGCAGAGGGCAUCAUGUACCGGCACGGCGGAACUCUGCAGCUCAAUCACGUGCCUGGCGAGGGAGCUAGAGUCCCCAUCUGGAUCCCUGUGAGGGGUACGUCGCAGCAGGAGGGGUACCACUUUCACCAGGCGCAGUGGGUCACUGGGACCCAGGUGUCCCCAGAGCUUUUCCAAGCCCAGGGCAUGAUGGGGGUUGCGAGGUGGAACUUUCAGCGGCUGGUGUCUCUGAAGUUGCCUGGCGUCGUCCUCCCUGCCGUGUUCGACCCAGCGCUGAUGGUGGACUUGAAUGCCGCAUCACUGGAGGCAACAGCUGAGGACAAGUACCCCAUCCUUCGCCUGUCUGGCAGAGACACGGGAGAGUGCUUUGGCCUGGAGUACACGGAGCCUGGCUGCCGCCCGGUUCCUCUUGACUGGAACAAGCACAGGAGCCAGCGAGAUGAGCCAGCACCAGAAGCAGCACCUCCAUCCCCAGUUCGUGCGCCGUCACCUGAACCUGCUCCUGCUCCAGCUGCUGUAGAGACACCCUCACGCUCACCUACUCCAGCUCCUGUGUGUACGCCAUCUCGCUUGCCAGCUCCAGCUCCUGUGUGUACGCCGUCUCGCCUGCCAGCUCCAGCUCCUGUGUGUGUCUCGUAUGGUCUGCCGUCCACUCCGAGGAGCGCCCGCACUGGACCAGUCAAAACAGGUGGACGCGUGUUUGUGCUGGACUUCACCCGCUGGACGCCCCCCAUGAGAGACGCAAUCGACCACCUGCUGCUGAAGCACCGGGGCCAGAAGGACUACCUGCGGCUAGUGGACCAGGAGUACGGCGACAUGGUUCACCGCUCUGCUGCCGACCCCAACAGCUUGUUGCACCCCACCACCAGGCUGCACAUAUCCCGGUAUGUGAAGCACACUGCCAAGCAGCUUAACGCCAGCUCAGCACUGAACACCAGCCAGGAGAGGGUGCUUGAGACACAGCAGCUGUGGCAGUCCCUCACUGAUGGCAGUGCAACAACCACUGUGCCGGUGGUGACACUUGAGCCAGCCGGUCCUCCUCCUCCCCCUCCUCCCCCUCCUCCUCCUACGCCGGCAGCGCUGACACCGGAAGCCCUUGAGCGCCUGGUGAAGGGCAUUGUGGAGCAACAGCAGCAGCAGCAGCAGCUGCAACAGCAGGAGCAGAGGAAGAAGCAGAUCAAGACCUGUCUUGCUUGUGGACAGCCCAAGUCGCGCUACAGUACUGGUGGAUCCUCAGUCCACUACUACUACCAGAUGGGCCAAGACAGGUACUUUUACUGCUCCAAAAAGGUCCACGACACGUACGCUGCUGAGGGUCUGUCUGACACUGCCAUGUCUUUUGAAGACUUUUCAAAGACGGACUUCUUUCCGAGGGAGCUGGCAGCUGUGAAGCAGCGUGCAGCGGACAAAGCGGACAAGCAGAGGAAGAGGCAAGCGCCUCAGCCAGAGCCAGUGGGGAGGCUCUGCAGGUUUUGCCGCUUGCCCAUCAAGCAGGGACCAAACAGCCCACACAUACACACCAGCUUCCCAGGUGUGCCAGGCAACUACAUAUACUGUCCAGCCAAAGUCCUGAACAUUUACAAGGACAGGGGCAUGCAGACUGAAAUGACCUGGCUUGAGUUCAAGGACUCUCCUUUUUAUGAUGCGGAGAGAAAGCGAUGGCCCGAGCCAGUUUGUUACAGCCGUCUGGGUGAUGGUGACCUCCUGUCGUUGUUCUUCUGCGGCCUAAAGGCCUUCUGUCUCGACCUGGCCUAG